AUGGGAAAGCGCAAGAGUUCGAAAAAGCCCCAGUCGAGAAUCAGCCAACCCUUGCCACCUGACCUAGACACAACAUUCAACUGUCUUUUUUGCCAUCACGAGAAGAGUGUGACAUGCAAGAUUGACAAGAAGGAGGGCUGGGGUACCUUAGUUGCAAAAUUUGUGCUCAGCAGUAUCAGUGCAAAAUACAUCACCUGUCCUGAGCCUAUAGAUGUAUAUUCCAGUUGGAUUGAUGCCUGUGACGAGGCACAAGCAAGCACACGUCCCGCAGUUUCGUCCAGAAGACUUGCGGCCAUUGAAAGUGACGAAGACUGA